AGGAAAACACACGAAAAGUAGCUUCCAAUAACCAGCUUUAAAUUAACCCAAACACGGGAACCUGGCAGUUACUACUCGGACGUGUAUUUUUUCCUUCACUGUUUCUGAACUUUGGGCAAUAACAAAAGAGUUUUGAGGAGAAUCAGGACGGUCUCCGGUUCCGUUUUUUAUCUUUCGUAGUGGUUUUUUCUUCCUUUCAGUUGCUGAGAUGUUUGACCACCAGCGCUACGACAGCCCCCCUGUCUACAGUCCUCCUUUCAGCCCAACAUCCAAUAAUGGUUUUGGCCCUCAGAGCAGCUUUCAUCCUCCUCAGAGUGAUUACGAUCCUUACCCACCCGCACCGGGCUCCUACUACAUCGAGGCGAAACCACAACACUUUUACAAAUGGGUGUCACCCCCUGGGGUCAUCAAGGUCAUGAUGGCGGUGGUCAUUGUACUGUGCGUGGGAAUAUUCGCCUGUGUGGCCUCCACUCUCAUGUGGGACCUUCAGUAUGGAUAUGGAAUGGGAAUGGGUUACUAUGGUUCUGGGAUGGGCUACGGCUCUGGAUAUGUCGGCGGCAGCUAUGGCUCAGGUUACGGCAGUUAUGGCAAUUAUGGGAACUACUACGGCUCCUACAUUUCACCUUACUCAGCCAAAACUGCCAUGAUUUCCAUGGCAGCCAUUAACUUCAUAUUGGCAUUGGGUUUUUUCAUUGCCAGCUUCACUAAGUCUGACUUCGUCCGCAGCAGGAAGUACUUUCUGGGUGUCGUGAUAGCAAGCAUCAUCAUGGCUAUCCUGGAGGGCAUUAUAAGUAUUGUCUAUAUUGUCGGGGUGAACCCAAUGGCUCAGGGAUCCUCCAGUAUGAUAUACAAUCCAAUGCUGAUGAUGUGUCAGAACCUCUACCAAACUAGUUACUCUCAGAUGGGUGGAGUGGGAGGAUUCCCCAUGUACAACCAGUAUCUCUACCACUACUGCUUUGUGGAUCCUCAAGAGGGAAUUGCUAUGGUGUGUGGAUUCCUGGUUGUCAUUGCAUUGAGUGUUGCUGCAUUCUUUGCACUGAAAACAAGAGGCAAGAUCUGGCGCUAUGGGAAACCCAACAUUUACUGGGAACAGCCUCUUGCUGGUGGGAAAGCCUCAGAGGGCAGAGAUGUAGAGGAAUGGGUGAACAAUGUGGAGGAAAGCCAGAGUUUGCAAGAUGCUCCGACAAUGGUGGUGUCCGAGAAAGGAGCCGGGGUCCUCAACGCCUCGCCAAACAGUGUCAUCUCCUACCCUCCUGCUAAGAUGGACACCAGCUCCUUUAAUGAAGACACCUACAUUAACAAUGAGUACUCUGAGAAGACCACCAGUCGACCCUCACAGGCAUUUUCUCAUGGUGGAAGGACCAGCUCCAGCCCAUCAGAAGAAACAGGGGGCAGCCGCAAGCCCUCAGCCAACAGGGGCAAGAGACGCCGACGCAACCCGGAACUGGAUGAGUCUCAGUAUGAGACAGAGUGCACGACAGGAGGGGAGACUGGCAAUGAACUUGACCCAGAAGAGUUUGAGAGCAUGUACCCAGAAAUAACAUCUGAUGCUCAGCGUCACGACUAUAAGAGAGAGUUUGAUGCUGAUCUUCGGGAGUACAAGCGCCUGUGUGCCGACAUGGACGACAUCAAUGACCAGCUGAACAAACUCAGCCAGCAGCUGGACACGCUGGAUGACACCUCUGCAAAAUACCAGGCUGUAGCAGAGGAAUAUAAUCAACUGAAGGACCUAAAGCAGACAGCUGACUAUCGGUCCAAGAAGCAGGAAUGUCGCAGGCUGAGACACAAACUGUUCCACAUCAAACGCAUGGUGAAGAACUACGACAGGAACCACUCGUAAAGUCGCUGGGUCCUGACGCACAGCUCUGUAGCUGGAACAGCAAACACUCACACACUGGGAGAACACGGCCCAAAUGCUAACGUACACUCCACAAAGUGACAAAAACUCAGAAAUGCUGUGACCAAAGUACGUGUACACAGAUCAUACUGUAAUAAUAAU